CAAUAGAAUGAGAAAGUAGCGGUCGUUUACGAGAAACCGAAACUAGGAGUAUUCUGCAAAUUCCGGAAAUUGAAGAUAAUCCAAGGCUAUAAAUGCAGUUCUGUUAGUCCUUGUUUCAUCAUCACAACGGUCAAGUUUCCCAAUGGCACCGAGCUCAAUUUCCUUUUCGCGGAUGAGAGCCCAAGCGCUUUUCAUCUUUUUCGCGUCGCUGCUGAGUACCAGCAUUGAGGCCGUUCCUCGUCAUGGACUUUACGACAGGGAUGCUGCUUCCUGCACUGUCACUCAAACAGUCCACGCAAACUACACUGUUACUAAGACUGACACAGUAACUGAACUCUGUGCCGCUCCUCAGAUAACAUCCAAUGUUCCCGUUACCUUUACCGAGUACUCGUACUUCACCACUCCUGGUGUUUACACAGUGCCAUGUGGAUGCCCUGAAUCCACAUCGGUUGUUACGACCGUUGAGACGUGCCCUGCCAGCACAGUGUACGAGACUGUGACGAAUUCUGUUUUUACCGAGACUGCCUCGCGUCCUACUACUGUUUACAGCUCCAGCUACGCUCCUAGCUGCAGCUGUUAUGAGACUCAAGUUUAUGUAUACAACCCCGCAGUUACCCCAGGUUCUCCUAGCGGGGGAUCUGCAAACGAUAAUCCCGCUCAGGGAUCGGCUCCUCUUGGUGCUCCAGUCACCUAUACCCUUACUUCGACAUACUACACCACAAUUGAGGUUCCUACAACAGUAACAUGUAGCACGCCUACAACUAUUACCUUGGGUACGGAAACCGUUACUGUCACCGAUGUUCCAACUGUUACCGUUGUUACUCUUACAAAGACUGUUCCCGAAACAGUCAUCUGUUCUCCUACCGUAACCUAUGUCACAGAGACGACUGUUAUUCCCAUUACAGAGACAAUUGCUUCCCCUAUCACUGUUACCAAAGGAUUCUGGGGAGGUAAGUCUGUCAUGACGAGUACCUUAACUCAGGUUACAUACGUUACUACUGUUGUUAAGCCCACUGUUACGGUCACCGAGGGUACAGUGUUCACCACGACGACCGAGACCGACGUUGUCGUUAUUAAGGUCCCCACUACCAAGACUGUCACUGAGGCUGUAACCCAAACAUACACUGACUUGCAAUCUCAGAAGUCAGCAGACGGUGUUGUUACUGAAACCGUUACUUCCAGCGGUGCUGUUUACACCUCCGCCAAGUAUGUGAAUGGAAGCACUGUGACAGAAACCGUUACUUCUAAUGGCGCCGUGUAUACUACCACUCGUUUUGGAAACAACAGUACUGUUGUUGUCCCCACCACUGCCACAGAGACUAUUUCUUCUGGCAGCGUUGUUUACACGACUAUUUCCACCAACAACGGUACGAACGCUAAUCUUGUGACUAAGACUAUUACUUCGGGAAGUGUUGGUUUCACUACAACUCUUGUUGGUGGUAGUACUACCACUGUUGAAGUUGUCGUACCCACUAACCCCUUUGUGGUUACCGAAACCAUCACUUCUGGAUCUGUUGCUUACACCACCACUGUAGUCAGCAGCAGUACUACCACCGUUGAAGUCUUCGUCCCUACUAAUCCCGCUGUCGUCACUGAGACCGUCACUUCUGGUUCUAUUGGUUAUACCACUACACUUCCUGUGAAUGGUAGCACAACUACUGUUGAGGUUGUUGUUCCUACGAACGUCGUAACCGUUACUGAAACGGUUACGUCUGGUAGCGUCGCUUACACCACUUUGCUUCCUAUUAGUGGAAGCACAGCUACGGUUGAAGUUGUCGUUCCUACUAACCCCGCCAUUGUUACUGAAACAAUCACUUCUGGAUCUGUUGCUUACACCACCACUGUAGUCAGCAGCAGUACUACCACCGUUGAAGUCUUCGUCCCUACUAAUCCCGCUGUCGUCACUGAGACCGUCACUUCUGGUUCCAUUGGUUAUACUACUACACUUCCUGUGAAUGGUAGCACAACUACUGUUGAGGUUGUCGUUCCCACCAAUGCUAAGACCGUAACUGAGACUCUUACCUCUGGCUCUAUCGGCUAUACUACCACGCUCCCCGUUAGCGGAAGCACUACAACUGUCGCCGUCAUUGUCCCUACAAAGCCCGCUGUUGUGACUGAAACAGUUACCUCUGGCACUGUAGGUUUGACGACUACUAUGCCCGUGAAUGGUAGUACCACCACUGUUCGCGUUGUUGUUCCCGCCAACCUCGCUAUCGUGACUGAGACUAUUACUUCAGGUACUGUUGGUUUGACAACUACUCUUCCUGUUAGCGGAAGCACAACGACAGUCGAGGUUAUUGUGCCUGUAAAUCCCACCACUGUUACCAACACUAUUGUGUCUGGCAACUUCGGCUAUACUUCCACUCGUCCUAUCAAUGGAAGUACAGUUACCGUUGAUGUCAUCGUGCCCACCAACCCAGGAACUAUCACUCAAACCAUCACUUCUGGUUUCGUUGGUUACACCUCUACCAUUCCCGCCAGCGGAUCUGUUAACGGUACUGUGAUUGUUGUUGAGCCUACCAACCCCGGAACUAUUACUCAAACUAUCACUUCUGGUUUCGUCGGUUACACUUCUACCAUUCCCGCCAGCGGAUCUGUUAACGGUACUGUAAUUGUUGUUGAACCUACCAAACCUGGAACUGUUACUCAAACCACCACUUCUGGUUUCGUCGGUUACACUUCUACCAUUCCUGCCAGCGGAUCUGUUAACGGUACUGUUAUCGUUGUUGAGCCUACUAACCCUGGAACUGUUACUCAAACAAUCUCCUCGGGCAGUUCAACGUUCACAUCAACUACAAUCCAACCUUCUGGUUCCGUGUCAGGUACUGUAGUCGUUGUUGUUCCCACACCUACAACUUUCACGACUUUCAUAACAACUGGCUCGGUUGGCUCAACCACCACAAUUUCGAGCGAUGGUACACCCACUGAGGUUGUGUACGUUCCUACAGCUGCCUGCAGUGGUAUUUUGGGUAUGAAUUAUGCCAUCUAUAACUACACCCUUCCCGAUUGGAAGGAGUUUGGUACCACAGGUCAUUGUUACGCAAAGUCAUUUGAUCGCCCGGCAUACUUCGGAUCUUCCAAUUUGAAGGAGGAUGCUCUUUUUACCGGUAAGAUUAACACCGGUGAGUCUAUGGUCUUCCCGUCCUCCUUGUAUUUGCCCGACUAUCAACCCGGUAUGAAGGAAACAAAGGCCAACUUGAAGGUUCUUGUUGUUGAAUUCUUUUUCAGAGCACCCGCUAGUGGUAAUUGGAGUGUUCAAUUCAGUAAGAUUGACGAUGUUGCUUUCGGUUGGAUUGGAGACACGGCUAUCUCGGGCUGGUCGAACAAGAACCACUACUUCUAUUCUGUUGGUUACACUGACAACUCAAAGGGUAACAUUGUAACUGAUGCACCCACUUCGCCAUUAGGAGAAAUGACUGCUGGUGAUUAUGUUCCUAUCAGAAUUGUUUUGGGCAACGGUUGUACUUACAUGGCUUUGGACUUCGAGUUCUGUAACGAUGAUAUCUGUUACAAGCCUUCUGACUUUGCUUACACUGAAACGUGUAACAAGAAAUUCUUGCCAUGGGGCACUGGAAACGGUGGUCUUGAUGACUAGGCUUGUUUAAGCCCGCUGCAAACAGGUCAUAUUGUACAACCUGAUUCUAAUACGUGAAUUUUACUCACAUUAAUUGCUUUAUUUUGAUAUUUGAUGCUUUAAUAAAGGCAGUAA